GGAGAAGAAGAAGAAGAAGAAGAAGAAGAAGAAGAAGAAGAAGAAGAAGAAGAAGAAGAAGAAGAAGAAGAAGAGCUUGUUUCGCGUAUAAAACAGCCGUCUAUCAGACACAAAGGCACUACAUAGGGUGUAAAAGCUUCCCGUUCAUACCCUAUGUAGUGCACUUGUGAAGGCAACAGUGAGAGAUUUGGAUUACAGCCUGACUUUGGCUCGUGCCGUUCAUACUGUCAUGUUUUUGGGGUCAGUUCAGAUCUGUGCAUAUUUUACUGAUCAUGAAGGACAAUUAUUUAAUACGGUGCAUAUAAUUAGGACCUAAAACUGUUUUAUUAUUAUUGUUGUUAUUAUACACGAAGCCUCUACAAUGGAGUCCCUGAUGCUCCUUUGUCGCCACAAAUCAUGUGCACUGCUGCCCAGAUUACUGAGCAAAGCAUGCAGAAGGAGUCAUCACUAUCAUCCACAAGCUUCACAGUGCUCAACCAGUUUUUCCUCCAAACCAGUUCCUAUGACACCUCUGGUAUCACGGCUUUUUCAACCUUCAAAUCUCCGUGAAGGACAGGAUAUGGGGGACAUGACCUGCCGCAGCCAGAGGUUGAUGCUGCAAGCAGGUCUCAUUCACAGCUCUAAUCCAGGCUGCUUCUACUACCUUCCUGCUGCCCUGCGCUCCAUGGAGAAGCUGGUGAGGCUGAUUGAUGAGGAAAUGCAGGCUAUUGGUGGGCAGAAAGUCGACAUGCCGACUCUGUGUGGAGCGGAGCUUUGGAAGCAGAGUGGGCGCUGGGAGCUCAUGGGAAAGGAGAUGUUCAGGCUGCGGGAUCGACACAACGCCGAAUACUGUCUCGGCCCAACACAUGAGGAGGCAGUCACAGAUCUGCUGGCAUCUCAGAGCACGUUGUCUUAUAGGCAGCUGCCACUGCUGCUUUACCAGGUUACGCGCAAAUUUCGUGAUGAGCAGAAGCCGAAGUUUGGAUUGCUCCGAGGCCGAGAGUUCUACAUGAAAGACAUGUACUCAUUUGAUAUCAGCGAGGAAGCUGCCCUCCACACCUACCACUCCGUGUGCCAUGCCUACUCUCGUCUGUUUAACCGGCUCGGGUUGCGGUGGGUCCAGGUGCAGGCUGCCACUGGCAAUAUCGGGGGGACGCUCUCACAUGAGUUUCAUCUGCCAGCUGAUAUAGGAGAAGAUCAUCUGCUUAUGUGUGGGAAUUGUGGCUUUUCUGCUAAUGUUGAAACAUUAGAACCAGGCCAAACUGACUGUCCUCAGUGCCAGACAACUCAUCUCACUGAGUCCAAAGGCAUUGAACUGGGACAUACCUUUUAUCUUGGAACAAAAUACUCCAAAGUGUUUAAUGCAACAUUUGUUAAUGCUCAGAACAAGCCUUCAGUGACAGAGAUGGGCUGUUUCGGUCUUGGUGUUAAUCGCAUCCUUGCUGCAUCCAUUGAGGUGCUCUCGUCUGAGGAGUUUAUUCGCUGGCCAGGGCUACUUGCACCUUAUCAAGUGUGCAUUCUGCCCCCUAAAAAGGGCAGCAAAGCUGGUGAAGCAAUCCACCUAGCAGAAGAGCUUGCCCACAGCUUAGGAAACAGUUUACCAAAUCUAAAAGGGGAGGUCGUAUUGGAUGACAGAACCCACUUGACCAUUGGCAAGCGUCUAAAAGAUGCUAACAUGCUGGGUUACCCCUAUGUGGUGGUGGUUGGGCAUAAGGCCAUGGAUGAGCAGCCUGUAUUUGAGGUGGUGUGUCAGAGUAGUGGGGAGACUGUGUUCCUCAGUAAAGACGCCUUGAUGCAAUUAUUGUCUGGAGUCGAGACGAUCUAACACGCAGUUCCAUGCUUUCCAUGCUGUGUUAAGAAAAUCUCAAGCUCUGCAGGGAAGUGGGCCACCUGGACUGGAGUUGAGAAAUUCUGAUCCAUUAUAUCUGAACUACUUUGGGGUGCGUAAAUCCCCAUCAUCUGUUACCUGAGGGAUAAUUUAAUAUUAAGAGGUUUUUGCUAUUGAUAUCAUGGCAGUAUGUAUCGGGUAUAACUGAAGUGCUUCCCACUAUCACUGAUAAUGGCCUGCUUUUAAUAAAACUGAUCUGUUUAUA